GUGGAGCGCUCCAGAACGUCCGUCCCAUCUCACGUGAUGCUGAGCAUGUAAAGAUCCGGACUGAGGGGUCGCCCUCCAGGGCCGUCAUCUCUCUUCAUCUGGGAUCAUGUUCUAGAGCCGACCCUGCGCAGCAACCAUGAAAGGCUUAGGGGCCAACCGUAGUCACCAUCUGUCCGACACCUGCGACCCUACCGCGGGCCCCCAGGAGCCCCUGUGUCCCUUGGCCCCGGACCCCCAUGCUGCCUUCCUCCUGAGCCCCACCAUCAACCAUUACGCCACUCUGGAUCCUCACCUCCAUCAUUUUCCUGUUUCCACCCCAACGACGCUGCAGUCGGACUGCCUGCUGCCCUUCAACAACCAGCUGACCAACAGCAGCACCUUCCCACGCCUCCACUACACCAACCAGCCGGAGCAGAGCGACUACACACAGCAGGCUUGUGUGGUUCAGACCGGUAGUCGCUCCGGGACCCUCACGUCCUCCAUGUCCAUGGGCAUGGGUUUGGGUCUGGGACUGGGUGCUCCAGCCAUGAUCAGCAGCGGCACAGCCACCAUCUCAUCCGCGGCGGCCGCCAAGAUGAACCGGCUCCCGGCCAACCUGCUGGACCAGCUGGAGCGCCACCUACCACUGCAGCGGGACGGCUUCAGCACGCUGCAGUUCCACCGGCGCAGCCGCGGCUCCAAGCAGCGCAGCGAGAGUCCCAGCCGCAUCCGCAACCUGGUGCAGUCCGUCCAGAAACUCUUCGCCAAGUCCCAAUCCCUGGAGGUUUCGGCGGUCAAAGGGAGCAUCACCGCAGGCCAAGCCGGCGAUGCGGCCAAAGCGACCCGGCGAAGCAAAAGCAAAGACCCCGCCAAGACCGAAGGCACCAAACGCCGUCCGCGACCCAAUCUCUCAGGCUUCUGGAGCUCGGAUGACGGUUUGGAGGACGAGCCGCCGGCUCAACCCGCCACAGGCCCAUUAGCGGUGGCGUAUCGAAACCCUCUUAGCAUGAUGACGCUGGGCAGGGCCGUGUCGGACAGUCAGGCGGCUCCCAGACCGCAUCCGCAGGGCUACAACACCAUCGCGGCGCAUUCGCUCAAAUCCUCCAAGAGCAGCGGCGACCUCAAGCCCACGGUCAGCCUGCCACCCUCCACGGGCCAGACGGGGGAACACAUGCUUGUGAAGAGAGGCUCGUGGUCCACGCUGACCCUCAGUCAGGCCCGACAGGUGCUUCAGAAGAGCUCCACCACCGUCAACCGGACCCUGCUCAAGUCCAAGUCCUGCCACGGCCAGGAGAUGACCUGCAACUUCCUACAGGUGCCUGCAGGUGACUGGAGCGGGACGCUGGGUAAGGGAGGAGGCGGCACAGGUGAGAUCCCGUGCAGGCGGAUGCGCAGUGGCAGUUACGUUAAAGCCAUGGGAGACAUGGAGGACAGCGAAGACUCGGACGGACCUCCUUCACCCAAACCUUCGCCCAAAACGGCUGCCAGACGCCAGAGUUACCUGAAGGCCACACAACACUCGCUCAGCGAACAGCAGCCGCCGCUGCCGCCACGCAACCGUAUGCCGUCUCUAUGCGAGGUCUCCACCAAUCGCAGCCUGGAUAACCUGGACUGUCUGAUGGGAGCGGAUGAAGCAGGUCUGCUGCAUUGGGACGCUGAUGGGGGAUUCGGUCAGCGGUGCUCUACACUGGGUCGAGGGUCCACCAUGGGCCAGGUGGAGCAGGGCUACCGGAGCAGCGCAGUUUAUAGCCAGCUGGACUCUCAGGCGGUGGAGGCCUUGGAUCUGCCCACACCCACCUGCUUCCGCUCCCGGAGCCACAGUUACCUGCGCGCCAUCCAGGCCGGAUGCUCUCAAGACGACGAUACGGGCUCCGUGGACUCCGAUGAGACGCCACCUAUAUCCUCAUCCAUCAGCAGCUAUAACAGCGCCACCGUCUCCACGUGUACGGCGGUCUGUAAGAAGAAUCCUCCGCCUAUUCCUCCUCGCACCACCUCCAAACCCUACAUCUCGGUGACGGUCCAGAGCAGCACUGAAUCGGCCCAGGACACGUACCUGGAUAGCCAGGACCAGCGCAGCGAGGUCAACAGCCAAUCAGGACGCAGCAACUCCUCCGACAGCAUCGCCAGCUCUAGGACAGGAAGUCUGGUCAAGGCCAAGCGGCCGCCCAUCCUGCCCCCCAUCCCCGCCCCGCGGGAACCCGUGCCCCUGCCCAGCGCGAGAGUGACCACGCCUCCUCCCGCCGUCGUUCCGCCCUCUCCCGCCCCGUACGCUAAAAACGAGCCCGCAAGCCUCACUGUGGCAUCUGGCGAACUGCAAGCCCUGCCCAAGAGAAAACUCUCGUCCAUUGGCAUUCAGGUGGAUUGUGUGCAGCCGAUUCUGAAAGAGGAACAAACUCCCACCACCAGGUUCCAGUCCAUCGGGGUUCAGGUUGAAGACGGCAGGCCACUCAGUCGCUUCACUAGCAUGGCGUCUAGACAGGAGACGACGGAGGCCGAAUCCCAGGAGCAGUCCGACGGUAAACCUUUGGAGAACAAGACGCCCAACCAGUCUCUGGACGGCAUCAGCGUUCACAAACCCCCCCGCGCGGAUGUGAUGCGCGCCGCUUCCGCCUCGCUGCAGGAGAAGCUGGAUCCGGCGCUGGACCCCUCCUGCCUCCCACCACCCGACCCGUCUCUGCAGGCUGGGAGCGGCAGCGUGAACGGGGCUGUGGAGCAGCCUGGGGGCCCGGCGUGCCUCAGGGACGGACGCUGGUUCCAGAAGCUUUUGCAGGCCGAGACGGACCGCAUGGAGGCCUGGUGUCAGCAGAUGGACCAGGAGACCAAAGACAAACAGCUGUCAGAGGACGUGUUGGGGAAGGUCCGCAGUGCCGUCGGCAGUGCUCAGCUCUUAAUGUCUAAGAAGUUCCAGCAGUUUCAGGGUCUCUGUCAGCAGAACCUGGAUGCGAGCGCUCAGCCGCGGCCCACAGCGCAGGAUCUGGCCGGGUUCUGGGAUCUGCUGCAGCUCUCCAUCGAGGACAUCAGCAUGAAGUUUGACGAGCUCCACCUCCUCAGGUCCAACGACUGGAAGAUGUCUGAGACACAGGACAAAAAGGAGGAGAAGAAGUCCGCUCACACACCAAAGAAGACCGUAAAGGUCAAAACCUCCGGAGGGAAGGAGAAAAGUAGCGACUCGGUGGCCGACAAGCAGCGUCAGGAGGCCAGAAAGCGGCUGAUGGCGGCCAAGCGAGCGGUUUCUGAACGACAGAACUCUGCCACCGAGAGCGCCGAAAGCAUUGAGAUCUACGUCCCCGAGGCUCAGACGCGACUCUAAUAAAUAACAAACUCCUCACGAGCAGACGCUCUCUAGCGCUCACGGACACAUGCAGCAUCGUGUGGUGAACCGCCGAAAACAACGAGCAAAAAAUACAAAAUAGAAAGAGCAAAAAACUGAAUUUGAACGCUAGCGUGUCACCGCUGCCACAGAAGAACCUCCCCUUGACAUUCAUCUCUAUGGCUACUCUUGUAAUAAUUAUAAAAGUGAAUUAUCUCAUGGAAAUAUAAUCAAGACUUCGUCUGAAAAUUGUGCUAAUAUCUCUGAUGAAAAGACCUUCGUUCAGAUCUCAGACCCUUUACACGCGUCACAUGACCCGCUUCACACGUCACAUGACCCACGGACGCCCCUCCCACAGCAUGCACUCAGGAUCCCGCACGUGUGCACUUGUCUUUCAUCAGCGCAGUCUUCCUGUUCUCACAAACCUUUCGAUUUCCUUUUCCCACCAGUUUUUGGAGCACGAUUGCGUGACUCUCUCACUUGAAUGGAAAUGUUUCGACGGUACUACGGAUACUUGAAGCGAAUCGCCGUAGGACGUGGUAGAAUAGCACGGAUUUUAGCACUCCACUAGUUUUGUUUGAUUCACUCCCGUAAAGUUUAAUGCAGAAACACUCAUGCAGCUUGUUUUAUUUGUCUCGUAAAUGUGCACUGAGCACGUCAAGCCAUCCAUCUGUCAGUUUCUCGUUAUUUAAUAGGGUUAAAACAUCACCACUCGGCUUUGUUUUUAUGAUGAAUGUUUUAAAAAUGUCAAUGACAAUGUCCAGAUUUUUACUUGGGCCAACAGUCUGUUUGUUUUGUAAUAUUAUUAUUAUUAUUAUUAUUAAUGUUGUUAUAAUUUUCAAGCUUUCGGUUGUGUUUUUGUUGUCCAGUCAUUCCAUGUGUUUCCGGAUGAUUUGGGAUCGGUUCCAGCCGCGUGUGUGUGUGUGUGACCAAUCAGAGCCCGUCAUUUGUUAUCGAAGAUGUUUUUAAUGAUUAUUUUCUGUCUGAUAUUAAAAAUGUCCGUUACCCAGAACUUGCUGAUUGGGAAAAAUUGUUUCAGAUUUCCACUCAAGGAGCCCAGAAGAGUCAGUAUUGACACUAAUGGUUUACUUCUAGUUAGCUGUGCAUAUUAAAAAGAUUUGAACAC